UCGAGUGUCUUAGCAUGAUGGUAAUUCUUCUGAACUGUGUAACCCUCGGAAUGUUCCAGCCUUGUGAAGAUGUCGACUGCUCAUCAGAGCGAUGCCAAAUUCUUCAAGUCUUCGAUGACUUUAUAUUCAUCUUCUUUGCAAUGGAGAUGGUCGUGAAAAUGGUGGCCUUGGGCAUCUUUGGGAAGAAGUGUUACCUUGGAGAUACAUGGAAUAGGUUGGACUUCUUUAUAGUCAUGGCUGGGAUGGUGGAAUAUUCUCUUGAUCUUCAGAACAUUAAUCUAUCGGCCAUCCGCACUGUGCGUGUUCUGAGACCCCUAAAAGCCAUCAACCGAGUACCCAGCAUGCGGAUCCUGGUGAAUUUGCUGCUGGACACAUUGCCUAUGCUGGGGAAUGUACUUCUGCUUUGCUUUUUUGUCUUCUUCAUUUUUGGGAUCAUUGGGGUGCAGCUUUGGGCCGGAUUGCUGCGAAACCGCUGCUUUUUGGAAGAAAACUUCACUAUUCAAGGGGAUAUAACCUUACCACCUUACUACCAGCCAGAAGAAGAUGAUGAAAUGCCAUUUAUUUGUUCUUUGUCUGGUGACAAUGGAAUCAUGGGGUGCCAUGAAAUCCCCCCAUUAAGAGACCGCGGUCAUGAGUGCUGUUUGGACAAGGAGGAUUAUUAUUAUUAUAACUCUAUCCGUCACGAAUUUAAUGUCAGCGGCAUGUGUGUUAAUUGGAACCAAUACUAUAACGUCUGCCGCACCAGCAACACCAAUCCUCACAAGGGCGCCAUCAAUUUUGAUAACAUUGGCUAUGCCUGGAUUGUCAUAUUCCAGGUUAUCACUCUGGAAGGCUGGGUAGAGAUAAUGUACUAUGUCAUGGAUGCCCACUCCUUUUACAACUUCAUCUAUUUCAUUCUUCUUAUUAUAGUGGGAUCAUUUUUCAUGAUCAAUUUAUGCCUGGUUGUUAUUGCUACACAAUUCUCGGAGACCAAGCAGAGGGAGCACCAGCUGAUGCAGGAGCAGAGGGCUCUCUAUUUAUCCUCUAGUACUGUAGCCAGUUAUGCUGAGCCUGGCGACUGCUACGAGGAGAUCUUUCAAUAUGUGUGCCAUAUCCUGCGCAAGGCCAAGCGCCGUACAGUAGGCCUCUACACUAGCCUUCAAAACCGACGGCAAAGUCGCCAUGAGCUGACCAAUGCUAAGCUUGGGAUCAAUGGCAAGGAACAGCAUCAUCUGUGGAUAUGUCAGAAACAUGGCCAGCUGGACUAUGCUCCUCAUGCUAUUGUGCAGCCUAUCGCAAUGACCUUAACGUCUGACCUCUCCAAUUGCCCACAAUGCACCAAAACCAAAUGGGAGGAUGGCCGUAAGCUAUCAGCACCAAACAGCACCAGAUCAAGCCGAGAGGGGACUCAGAGACAGAGAAGUGAGAGCGAAAGGGAGAGCAGGAGUGAUGGAAGCACAUCCGAUCUAGACAAAGAAGAGGAGGAGGACGGUGAUGAAGGCUUCUGUAAAGGACUCUGUGGCGAAGUCCGUGUAAAGCUCAGAGGAAUCGUAGAUAGUAAAUAUUUUAAUCGGGGAAUUAUGAUUGCCAUUCUUGUGAACACAAUCAGUAUGGGAAUAGAACAUCAUGAGCAGCCAGAAGAACUAACAAAUAUCCUGGAAAUCAGUAACAUUGUCUUUACCAGCAUGUUUGCUCUGGAAAUGAUGCUGAAGCUCUCAGCCUUUGGCCUCUUUGAUUACCUGCGAAACCCAUAUAACAUCUUUGAUGGCAUCAUUGUCAUAAUCAGUGUCUGGGAGAUAAUUGGGCAGAAUGAUGGAGGGCUGUCUGUACUGAGAACUUUCCGACUUCUGCGAGUACUGAAGCUGGUCCGGUUUAUGCCUGCCUUAAGGCGUCAGUUGGUGGUUCUGAUGAAGACUAUGGACAACGUGGCCACAUUCUGCAUGCUUCUGAUGCUCUUCAUCUUCAUUUUCAGUAUCCUUGGGAUGCAUAUCUUUGGAUGUAAAUUCAGUUUAAGAACUGAUUCUGGAGACACUGUUCCAGAUAGGAAAAACUUUGAUUCGCUACUGUGGGCCAUUGUCACGGUUUUCCAGAUCCUUACCCAAGAGGACUGGAAUGUGGUGCUCUACAAUGGAAUGGCCAGUACAUCUCCCUGGGCUGCGCUUUACUUUGUAGCAUUAAUGACGUUUGGGAAUUACGUUUUAUUCAACUUGCUUGUCGCUAUAUUGGUGGAAGGGUUUCAAGCAGAGGGAGAUGCCAACAGAUCUUAUUCUGAUGAGGAAAGGAGUUCCUCCAAUAUGGAGGAAUGUGAUAAAUAUCGGGAAGCUGAAUCUCCAUCUGAUUCCAAGCUUUGCUCAGUACCUAUGACUCCAAAUGGACAUUUAGAAAACAGCCCUAUUCCGACCCAACAAAUCCCCACUACCAUAAUGAAUACAUCAAGGAAUUCUCUUCAAAGGGACCAAGUUCUUGUAACUGUUGGCUGCAGAAAGAGUAGCGUGAUGUCCCUGGGGAGAACGUCCUACGACCAGAGGUCACAGAUGGGGCCUCGACCCUCACACUGGGGAAGAAGCAGUGCAUGGGGGAGCCGCAGAUCAAGCUGGAACAGUUUAGGGCGUCGUCACAGUAUAAAGCCAAGAACAUUCACAACUGAACAUGAAUCAUUGCUGUCACGUGGGGAGGAACAGAGGGAAAGAAGUCACUCCAGGAGAUCCUCCAGCCUAAAGCACAGAAGAGCAAUGUCUCUAGAUAAUAAAGGCUCUUCAGAUAACCCAGGGGAUACAGUAACUCAUCCCAACCAUCAUAGAGGCUCUUGCAAAGGAGCAUCUAUGCCAGAAGAACAUCGUGAAUCCAUUGGGAAAACUCCACCAAUCAUGAAGGAAGUGUUUCCCAAAAUGAAUAACCGCAAAGAUAAGGAAGAGGAAGAAGAAGAAAUAGAUUAUAGUCUGUGCUUCCGGAUCCGGAAAAUGAUUGAAGUGUACAGACCAGACUGGUGCGAGUUACGUGAGGACUGGUCUAUAUUUCUAUUCUCCCCACAGAACAGGUUCCGCAUCAUGUGCCAAACAAUAAUUGCGCACAAGCUUUUUGACUAUGUGGUCCUUGCCUUCAUCUUCCUCAACUGCAUUACUAUCGCCUUGGAGAGGCCUCAGAUAGAGCACAAGAGUACGGAAAGGCUGUUCCUGAGUAUAUCAAAUUAUAUCUUCACAGCCAUUUUUGUAGCUGAAAUGACAUUGAAGGUGGUCUCUCUGGGACUUUACUUUGGGGAUCAAGCUUACCUCCGGAGCAGCUGGAAUAUUCUGGAUGGGUUUCUCGUCUUUGUAUCCCUCAUUGAUAUUGUGGUGUCUGUAGCUUCAGCCGGUGGAGCAAAAAUUCUGGGUGUCUUAAGGGUUCUUCGGCUUUUGAGGACAUUGCGACCUCUCAGGGUUAUCAGUAGAGCCCCUGGCCUGAAGCUGGUGGUGGAGACCCUGAUUUCUUCUCUAAAACCCAUUGGAAACAUAGUUCUGAUCUGCUGUGCCUUCUUUAUUAUUUUUGGAAUCCUUGGUGUGCAGCUUUUUAAGGGUAAAUUUUUCUACUGCCUUGGGGUGGACGUUCGAAAUGUCACCAAUAAGUCAGACUGUGAGGCGGCCAAUUAUAAAUGGGUGCACCAUAAGUACAAUUUCGAUAACCUGGGGCAGGCAUUAAUGUCGCUUUUUGUCCUGGCAUCAAAGGACGGAUGGGUUAAUAUAAUGUAUAAUGGACUUGAUGCCGUGGCAGUGGACCAACAGCCAGUGACCAAUCACAACCCAUGGAUGUUGCUGUACUUUAUCUCAUUUCUGCUGAUCGUCAGUUUCUUUGUACUGAACAUGUUUGUGGGUGUCGUGGUUGAGAACUUUCACAAAUGUCGGCAGCAUCAGGAAGCCGAGGAGGCCCGAAGACGAGAAGAAAAACGCUUGAGGCGCCUGGAGAAAAAACGAAGGAAAGCCCAGCGCUUACCGUACUAUGCCACCUAUUGUCCUGCUCGCCUCCUUAUUCAUUCCGUCUGCACCAGCCACUACUUGGAUAUUUUCAUUACAAUCAUCAUUUGCCUUAACGUUAUCACAAUGUCCUUGGAGCACUAUAGUCAACCAAGGUCUCUUGAAAUUGCUCUAAAGUACUGUAACUACAUGUUUACUACAGUCUUUGUACUUGAAGCUGUGCUGAAGCUGGUGGCCUUUGGAUUCAGACGUUUCUUCAAGGACAGGUGGAACCAACUGGACCUGGCCAUUGUGCUCCUGUCUGUGAUGGGAAUCACUUUAGAAGAAAUUGAAAUAAAUGCUGCUUUGCCCAUCAAUCCCACCAUUAUUCGCAUCAUGAGGGUGCUGCGCAUCACCAGGGUGCUGAAGCUGCUUAAAAUGGCAACAGGCAUGAGGGCGCUACUGGACACUGUGGUACAAGCUUUGCCUCAGGUAGGAAACUUGGGACUGCUCUUCAUGCUUCUCUUCUUCAUCUAUGCUGCUCUGGGAGUGGAGCUCUUCGGGAAGCUUGUUUGCAAUGAUGAUCACCCGUGUGAAGGAAUGAGUCGCCACGCCACAUUUGAGAAUUUUGGAAUGGCCUUCCUGACCCUCUUUCAGGUUUCUACUGGGGACAACUGGAAUGGAAUAAUGAAGGAUACCUUGCGUGACUGCACCAGUGAUGAUCGCAGUUGCUUGAGCAACCUCCAGUUCAUCUCGCCUUUGUACUUUGUGAGCUUUGUGCUCACAGCUCAGUUUGUGCUAAUUAACGUAGUAGUCGCUGUGUUAAUGAAACACCUGGAUGACAGCAAUAAAGAAGCGCAGGAGGACGCUGAGCUGGAUGCGGAGAUUGAAAUGGAGUUGGCUCAUGGCCUCUGUUCUCAAACAUCGCCGGUCUCUGGUUUAGAUAAUGGAGGACGCGGAGGAAGACCUGCAACUGACAGUCAUCGUAGCUUAAGGUGUUUUUCUCCUGCUCAGGAGAAUUUGUGGUUGGACAGUGUGUCCUUAAUCAUUAAGGAUUCCUUUGAAGGAGAGCUAACAAUCAUUGAUAAUUUAUCUGGAUCAGUCUUCCACCAUUACUCCUCCCCAGCCGUCUGUGAGAAGUGCAACCACGACAAACAAGAGGUCCAGCUGGCAGAAAUGGAGGCCUUUUCUUUAACCUCUGACAAGUCCUCGUCAGUACUGACUGAUGAACUCAGUUCAGAAGAUCAAGGUGUCACGAGUCAGUUAAAGGAGAUGAAGGAUGGGCAAGAUAGUCCUGAUUCCUUGGGAAUGUUUGGAGAAAAUAUCUUCCCACUUGCAAGCAUUCCCGGUUCCCCAACAGCGGAGCACUUUAUGUGUGAGUUUGAGAAGGUCUCAUUAACCCCGGCUGAGUCAUGGGAAAGCUGGCUGAAGGAAGAGAGCAGCCCAGUCUCUCCUUCCCCGCUAUGUGCGGAUACAAUGAGCCCUCUUUUACCAGUCCCAGCAGAAUUUUUCCAUCCUGAUCUCUCUGCAACUGAAACAGAUCGAGAGAUUCCAAACACCAGAGAAAAUACUUCCAAACUGCCAUCUCAAGAAACGUGGGCAACUCUGCACUCUCCAGAUAUCAAUUGCUCACUUCUUCGGCAGGCAACAGAAAGCAAUUCAUCUAUGGAAAGUGGUAGUGCAACGUCUGAGGACAGUUUACAGACCACAUUAGAAGAUAGCCUAAAUCUUAGUGACUCACCCCAGUGCACAUUGGAUCUCCCAGAUCUCCGAGCAACACCUGCAUCGCACCAUACUCCAUUGCCUAUAUCAUCUCUAUCCAUGAUGCAAAGGAGAAGUAACCGCCCUAGCUUUGCCCUUCAGAAAGUUCGACGUCACCAACGGAGCCAUAGCAGUGGUGGUAGCACUAGUCCUGGAUGUACUCUUCAUGACUCCAUGGACCCUUCUGAUGAGGAAGGGGCAGGUGGAAGCCUGCGAGGUGUGAGCGAGCCCUCUGAGACAUUUAGCAGCUUAUCUCUGACCUCCCUCUUUUCACCACCUCCUUCUUUAGCACCACCCGGGGGCACAAUUAAAAAAUGCAGCAGUGUCAAUAGUCUUUCUGUUGCUCCUUCUAGGGUAAGAGGAGCAAAGCAAUUUUACACAGUUGAUCCACAGGGCUUCCUUUCUAUGCCAUCUUGGGUUAUGGAUUUUUACCAAACUUCGACUCCCUCAGAAAACCAAGAGAAUAGUAGCAGUACCGAAAAAUUACCAACUAUGGAAAAGGGGUUACCACCCAGUAGUGUCUCAGGAAAUGUGGAUUUUGGCAAUAACAGUCGUCGAAACAGAUGAGACUUUUUUCUGGGUGGGUGGCAGGAUAAAUCUUCUGGGGUAUGAUUUUCUUAUUCUGCAACAGGGGAUAAAAAGCCUUAUGGCUCUCAAACAGACCGUCAGGAAACGCUACAUUACCUCACUGUGUGAGCCAGCCAAGCAAUGCAACUGGGGAUAUUAGAGGUAAAGGCAGUUGAGCUCUUGUGCUCUGUGUGAGUGGGGAGGAACCGCUGUACUGUAACCAGCCUGUGAAACUAUUACAUAUAGUAUAUAUAUAUAUAUAUAUAUAAUUAUAAAUUAUUUUAUUUAUAUACUUUAUUUUUACUCUUGCUUGGGACUUCCUCACAGUUUGUAUUAUAGAAGACAUCUUUAUGAGGCAAUACAAAUAUUUGGUGGAGAAGGAGAGUUCUUGAUCCUGAUUUUGAUACUAUUAAUCUACACAGACUUCAUACAAAUACCUUUAUUUUACAUCAGAAAAAUGAAAAAUGUCACAAAUCAGAACCUCACUUAGUUGCUAAUCUUCUUAUAAUAAGAAGGUAUAUAAGGAGUCAUUUAGGAACUCACCCACCAGUGCUGGUGCUCCAAAAUGAAUGCGAUGGAGAGCACAUAUCACAAGUCAUUAAGGUAUUUGUGUUCAAAUGCGCUCUGCACUUCUCCAUGGUUGCCAGAGUAUCCAUCCUGCAUUUUUCUGAUGCUGUAGCUGUUGACACUAGAAAACCCUGAAAUUGCUGCCCCGCGGACUAGGAGGUAGAUCCUGGGUUCAGUACAAUAGGACCACAUACAAUGAUUAUGAUACAGGGGCUCAACCUAUAUAUUUAGUCAUUGCCACUUUAACAUGUUGGGAUGGAUGUCCACGUGCCUUCAUCAUGACAAAUGUAGGAUGACACCCCCAAAAAGAGUUGGUAAUGGCUGAAUAAAUGGAUUGAGAACAUACAUAAUUAUCAGAGAGACUGACCCCCAAAAGCUGCGUCCAAGGAAUUGCACCAUGGAAGAGAUUCAUACAAGGUGGUGUGAGGAGCAGAGUAUCUCCAGGGUUCCCACAGCAGGUUGCAUCAGUAGACGCACCAGACUUGAGCCUAGGAAACUGGAUGUGAAUGCUGUUCUGGUCCAGAGUGAGAGAGCUCCACUAAAGGCAACUUGCACCUGCUUCAAAAUGCUAAUGCAUCGGUUUUAAUGCACUGGGCACAAUUGUGGUGGAUGUAACUAAGAGCACAGCCACAAUUAAGUAGGUAUUAUGGGAAAACUCGCAUUAUGGGUAAAAAAAAAAUUAACAUUUGACUCAAAAUUUUACAUUUUACUUUGCACACUGUACUUUUUGUACAACUUGAGUCAUUUCUCUGCAAUUUUUAUUUUUUUUUUAAUUUGAAUCGCCUUUAAAAUUGAAAAUUGAUGGUUAGUAAAUGAGCCCCCCUAAUGUGGUGUUCAGUAAUAUCUUUGGACGCAAGUACCUUAAUGAAUUGUGUCAAUAUGCGUUCUCCAUUGCAUCCAUUUAGAGUACCUGCACGUCUAGGUGCAUUUGGUAAUGACCCCUAACAUUUUCUCAUUAUCUUUUAGAUCUUUAAGCAUGGUUAUGUUUCCAGAUUGUCUUUUAUUUGUGACAUCAGUCUGAGGUGCGUCAUGGCACAACCCAUGGUUAUUGUUGCAAGUUACAUGUUAUGUGGGUGCCCCAAAAUGGAACUGACCUUAUUCCACUAUUUCUGUUCAGCAUUGCAAUGUAGUGCAUUGAAAACAGACAAUCAGUAGGUCGAUUUGCCGAAAACAGGGAAUAAUCUAAGGAAAUUUGUUGUAGAGUUCUGGCUGAUUAAAUUGGGGUCUGACAUUCUGAUCAUUUCAAAUUCAAAAUAUAGCUUUCAGACAUCCAUGUCAAAAUUUAUCUACAGGGUAAACGUGAUUUUUGCACGUCUUCAAAAUAUGCUCCAACUUGUAGCCUACAAAGCUAUUUGUUUUUUUUUUCUUUAACUAGCUAAAAGAGCUCUACAAUAUAUUCAUUUUAAGAUGUAUUACAAACAAAUAUUAUUUUGGCCAACCCUCAAGGUUUUGGUGCAGCUUCAGGGGAUUUAUUCAAUGGAUUUGGUGAUAGACGAUGUUGGGCACAGCAAAGGAAAUAUUGCACUGCAGAAUGAAGAAUUAGCAUGCCCUCUGCAAGGCAUUUUUAUUUUUUUAUUUCCAAUAAAAUUGUCAGCCAUUGAGACAGAAAUUCCCAUGAUCACCCUUGCUCAGUAUUUAUAAAGGGGAAAAAGUGAUGUCCACAUGCUUGUGUUUCACUGAUAGAAGAAUGAACCUGUUGAAAGAUCAUUUCCGCGUGCCCCCCCCCCCCAGUCUGUAACUCUCUGAUCCAGUGCUCAGCGGUUCUUUAAUAAAGGGCUUUGAACAAA